CGCCCCGCCACAGAAGGUGGAGGAGGAGGGCAAUCCCUGCUUUUAUUUUUCCUUCCCGACGGCCGCAGUUAAGCUCAAAAACAAACUUGGACCAGACGAGCUUUACGCAAACAUUUGCGUUCCUGCGUUCGGCUGCGGCGCAGGGAGGGGAGGCGUGGGGCUCAUCAGAGCUUUUUUUUUUCUUCUUUCCUUCUUCAUUUCUUCUUUGUUGAGAAAAGGGGAAGGGCUCCGCUAACUGGGGAGAAAAACAGAACAAUUGAAUAUCAAGUUUAGGACGCUGAGAGUGCGCACUUUACGCACGGAGCGCACCGCAGGAAAAAACUCCUGAGAUGUUGGAUCACCUCGACGGUCUCGCCCUGCUCCAGCGUGUCUCUUAUUUCCUUUGUUAGUGUCAGCUCUUCUGAACUCACCGCGAACAUGUGUCGUGGCUGAAAUACGCCAAACUUUCCAGCGCAAAACAACAACAACAACAGCAGCAGCAGCAGCAGCAACAACAAAACCUGUAAAAGAGACAGGCAUGGGGGCCAAGCAGAGCAGCCCCGCUUUGGACAGCAGAACUCGGGCUUACUCCAGCUCAGACCUCCCGUCUGGAAACUCACCGGCGGCGGACGGGUUCGCGGGGUUUAGGUACACAAACGGACCCGACGGCCCGCGGAUCCGGUACACGGGCGGAGGGCCCACCAACUCCGGGAUGAGGAUCCCGACCGGCAGAAGGUCGGGGUCACACCAUCAGGGUCUGGAUGGCCCAGACGGGGAUGAGGGCCAGCUGCCCCCAGAGGCGCACCGGCUGUUCAUAGGGUCCUUACCGUCUCACCUGUCCCCUCGCCUGCUGGGAGGGUUCCACUGUCCAGUUUGCUCCAAGUUUAUGGCAGCAGAUGAAAUAGAGAAGCACCUGCUCGUGUGCUUCAGCAAAACACGCCUUACCUACAACAAGGACAUCCUAUCGAGAGACUCCGGGGAAUGUACGAUCUGCUUAGACGAGCUGGAGCAGGGAGACACCAUUGCCAGGCUGCCCUGCCUCUGCAUCUACCACAAGGGGUGCAUAGACGAGUGGUUUCAGGUGAAUCGCUCCUGUCCGGAGCAUCCCGCCGACUAGGAGCUGCAGAAGCGCAGCUUCAUUCAGCAGUUCAUCGCCGAGGCCGACUGUGCACCCUGACCUUAUCCCAACAGCUGCCUGGUCCAGUGAAACGGCACACUUUUCCUCAGGGUCUGCGGGACGUUACGACACGCAGGAUUCCUCUUAUUGCCUCACCGAACACCGAUGGACUUUGGAUGUGUUUCUCUACUAUGCUGCGAUGUUGCAAGAGCCACAAUCGGAGACGUCUUCUUCUUCUUCUUCUCUCCGAUUUCCGUGAAUUUUCCUAAUCGCCAUCUGCCGGCCUGAAGUGGAUGAGCGCAAGCUGGGUUCUGAUCAAGACAGUUGUGUGGGUCAGGGUGCGGCUUUGCAGCAGUGGACCUGGAUCCAACGGGGUGGAAGGAGGUUUCGGCUUGGUGGCAGAAUGUUGAUGUUGUGCAAUAUGAAAAUUAGCCAAACAGAAUUUCAAGCGAAGCGUAUAUAUGCUUUAAGGGAUUGAUUGCUGUGUUGAUGCUAGUCAGUGAGUAGGUCCAAUUUAUUAUUAUUGUUUGGCUACCGGUGUCCUUUGUUAAACAAUCAUGUCUCCUAAACCAAAUUGUCUAACAUGAGAUUGUUGCGCUCCAUUAAUCAUGUGACCAUUUGGUAGCACAGUGAUGUGACUGUGUAGUUGUAGUGUUGAAGCUAAAGAACGGUUCGGACAUAUCUAAUGGUGAUUUAUACUCGCUCUAAGGAGUGCCAUAAUGUGCUGCUAUGUCAUAGACUGGAAAGUUUUCUUUAACCUUUGAGCCUGUCCGUUGUCUGUCGUUCUCUCCUGUUUGUACUGUAAUGAAUCGCACAACAAUAAAUGUUUUUAUGUUUGUGUCUUUUUUCUGGUGAAAGAACUGUUUUAGGUUUCCGUGUACCAUAUGCGUUGAAUAAAAUAAGCCCUUGAUUAAAAGACAAC